AUGGACGUGCUUCGAAACGUCUUCCACGAGGAAGAUUGGCCCGAAGAAGCCGAGGAAAUGUAUGAACGUAUUGAGGUCUUGGGCAGAGGAUCAUUUGGGCUCGUCUGGAUGGGAAGAAGAAUGACAAAACCGGUUGAUGAGCUCGAUGAUGAGUACACUGCUCUCAAAAAUAUUGAGAUCAAGGAAGAAAAAGGGAAAGUAUACGCAGAGAGAGAGAUCUCCAUCUUGUCCGAAUUGAGGCACCCAAAUGUUAUACGCCUUAUUCGUGCAUUCCCAAUAUACAAAGAAACUUCUCGCCUUGUGUCCUUGCAAUUGGCACGAGGUCCAAAUCUUCAGCGUGUGGUCAGCAAAAGGGGUGCGCUUGGACUACCUCUUGCUCGUCUCAUUUCACGGCAGUUGAUUUCGGCUGUCAGUUAUUUGCACGGGAGGGCUGUGCUGCACAGGGACAUCAAGCCGACGAACUUGAUUUUGGAAAACACGCAGAUUCCAGCGCAAGAGUAUUAUGACUAUACGCAAGAUGUUGCCAUAUGGAGUGACGGGGAUGACGCCAAGGAGGCAGUUGCUACGGAAAAGUGGAAGAUGAUGCUCGUUGAUUUCGGCUUUGCUCGAGCGCUGGAGGAUAAGGAGUACAUGCAACAAUCGAGACCCAUGAGAAAUUCUAUUAUCUUGGAAAAGAAGGCCAUAAACAUUGCGAGCAACAUGUCUGUCGACUCCGACGAUGAAACAGAUGAGCUCGCGCUGAUCGAACAAACUGCUGCGGCACUUCGUAGAACCUCCAUUGUGGAAACCGAUUUCGCUGCAAUUGACGAUGAUGAUAGAGAUAAUUAUCGAAAAUCCUAUGUUUCGCACUACGCUGGAUUAGAUGAACGAGAUGGGAUGGUGGGGCAAGAGGAGGCUGGUGCACCAGGUGGCAAGGCUCCUCCACGUAAGUCAAUGCGCUUACGAGCACAGCGAAAGGCACGAAUGUCAACAACCCGCGCAAAGAUGAAAUCUAUGAGUGCUCUCGGUACCAAAGCUUACGCAGCACCAGAGAUUAAGCAUAAGCUUCGGAACAAGACAGAUGAGGAUAAGGACAAGCCAAAUGCGGCACUUACAGAGUGUGUUGCAGAUUAUGGAAUGAUUGUUGAUGCAUAUUCUGUCGGGUGGACCCUUCGUGUGAUCUUAACGGGAGUUCCUCCCAAUUCUACAAUCUCGCAGUACAUGCGAAAACAUGAAGGGAAAGAGCAACAGGAAGAACCUGAAGAAGUCGGUUGCUGCUGCUUCGGCUCAAGUGUCGAAACCAACAAGAAACCACCUUUUAGGGUCCGUGAUACUGACCAGAUGCCAAAGGAGGCGACUUUGUUUAUCUCAGCGUUGACGAAAAUGAAUCCAGAUGAUCGUUUGAGCGUCCGUGAAGCGCAAAACCAUCCAUGGAUCAAGGGCUAUGAGGAUGAACCUCAAUACCAAGUGGUUCAAGGUGAUAUUCCUUCAUUCCAUGGGGACCCGGUUGUGUCUUUAGAUUGCGCAGGGGAAUUAUCGAAGAUUGUGAUUGAACAUCACAAGUAG